GAUACGUAAACAGGAUACGAUAUAACAAUAAUGUUUCGCAAUUAUUCGGUAAACUUGUAAACGACAGACGUGUGUUUUCUUUUUUUAUCAUUUAAUUGGCGUACUCUGUUCGACGGCGAGUGAGUGAAAACGAGUGUAAUGAAUGCGGCCAAGUCCUCGACCGAACAAUCGCGAUUCAUCAACAGGCCGACCCGAGCGACCCGGAGUGUUGGUCGCGGUUAAACGGAUUAAUUCAUUUGUGCCACCCGCCACGGCAAAGCGAGGCAAUCAAGUGAAACUGCCAGACAUAAUACCAAACAAAACAAUAACAAUAUUGCCGGAUACUUGUAUUAAACGGUAGCAAUUGAUUGAAAAAAGAUGCAGUGGCUAGCCUUAAUAAUUUGCCUUUACGCUGGAGUAGCCAGUGCACGUACAGAGGAGGACCAGCAAACGUCGAGUGCAAGUGGGGUCUCGAAUUCUCUUCCAGAACAGUGUUUUUACAGACACCCGAUAGAUUGUCCAACUUCGGAUACAAGAUGUCCCUGUAAGAGAAUCACUCUUGCAAAUAUACCGGAGGGCAAUGCUGCGCUUUGUUGUAAUACGGAUCAACAAAGUCUAGAAGAUGGUCUCUCUUGCAUAGGAUUUCAACAUUCAAACAUAAGUUACGUUCACAUACGUAAUGCAACAUUGGAUGUAUUUAAUGUAAGCGAAGUUCGUUGGAGGAUGCUGAAAUCUCUGGCCAUAACCGAUGGCAAGAUUAAUCGACUGCGGGGACAGUUUCGCAUGAUGACACCUAUACAAUGUCUGAAUCUUUCAAAUAAUGAACUACGCGAGGUAGAGAAUAAUUCGCUGACGCGUUUGGUGCAACUCACUACGUUGGAUCUGUCUUAUAAUAAACUCACUUACCUUCCAGCUUUAAAUACGAUGAACGGUCGAGAAUUCUGGUUAGACAUCUCUGGAACAAAUAAACUUUCAUGUCAUGAUGUAUAUCAUUAUAUCAAUAAAACUGGCGAAAAGCAAAUCACAUUUAAUCGCGAGAAUGAGACAGUGUGUUCCUCUAUGGCAACGUGGCAUUGGUUCAAUACCACUGAACAAGUGCCUCUUUCGCAGGUUCUUUACCUCAGUUUGUUGCAAACAGAAUGUCCGAAAGGUGACACCUGGCAAUGUCAGUGUGAUAUUAGAAGACUAGACAUAAUCGAAGGUAAACCACCUACACACGCUGUAAGUGUAGAUUGCAGCGGAAUGCAGCUGACAGAACUACCUGAGAAAUUACCACAAAACACUAUAGCCCUGAAUGUUUCCUAUAAUAAUAUUACAGUUCUAGAUGAUCUCAGUACUAAUCCGUGUUACGAGGAUCUACGAGAGUUUUAUGCGGAUUAUAAUAAUAUCUCCUCGAUCAACAAAUUGGAAGGUUCUAAAUUUUUGGAUAAUUACGCAAUUUUGAGUUUACGAUACAAUAAAAUUAAAUCAUUACCAACAUACAUAUUAAGUCCAAGUGCACACCAUAAAAACUUCUUGAGUUCGAGAAAUUUGGUCAGAUUAGGAGGUAACAAGUUGCAUUGUGAUUGUAAUACUGCUAAACAUUUAAAGGCAUGGUUACAAACGCGGAUAUUGGACUCCGAUGAAGUAAUGUGCGAAAAUGUAAAGGAAAAAGUUGUAGAUCUAGAACCAUCGAAGAUGUGCGUGUAUCCGGGAGACUGGACGGAUUAUAUAUAUUAUAUUAUCGCUACUGAGGUGAUACUAUUAAUAGGUUUGAUUGCCAAAGUGUCCUAUGAUUACUGGGUGUUCAAAACGGCAGGAUAUCUUCCAUGGCCGGCGAAUAAGAUGCCAAAAUUACCAUGCGAUUGGUUAUUCGAAACAUAGACUGUAUAAGUACGUAUAAUGAGAAUUUCUAACGUACAAUGAAACUGUGCAAUAAAAAUAUACAAUUAGGAUAUGUUAAAAGUGCCUUUGUAGUGCGUUUGGAUAUUUUAUCAAAUGUCCAGCACUUUUAGACAAUAUUUUUAUCUAGCUCUUCUAGAAUUU